CCCAGGCCGCCGGCGUUCUGAGCCUAAGCGCAGCGCCCGCCCCGGGGAUGCCCAUCGCGCUGCUGGCCCUGGCCAUGUCGUCGUCCUUCUUCAACCCCAGCUUUGCCUUCAGCUCCCACUUCGACCCGGUCCCCGCAGAAGAACAGGGACCGGCGAGGACCCACUACAGGUCUCCGGAGGUGGGCAGGCCUUGGGGCCAGACCCUGCACAGCUGGCCCCUUCAGCGCUGGCUGGUAGCAUCAGCCCCUGUCUCUUUGGAUGCCUCCCUGGCACAGACGGUGCCCCGCUCAGUGAGCUGUCCUGGUCCUCGUCCCUCGCAGUGGUGGCCGUGUCCUUCUCUGGGAUCUUCACCGUCAUAAUCCUCAUGCUGGCCUGCCUGUGCUGUAAGAAGGGCGGCAUUGGGUUCAAGGAGUUUGAGAAUGCAGAAGGGGAUGAGUAUGUGGCCGACCUCUCGGAGCAGGGCUCCCCGGCUGCAGCUGCACAGACCGGUCCUGAUGUGUACGUCCUGCCCCUCACUGAGGUCUCCUUGCCCAUGGCUAAGCAGCCGGGUCGCUCAGUGCAACUUCUCAAGUCCACGGACCUGGGCCGCCACAGCCUCCUGUACUUAAAGGAGAUUGGUCACGGCUGGUUUGGGAAGGUAUUCUUGGGGGAGGUACACUCGGGUGUCAGUGGCACGCAGGUGGUGGUGAAGGAACUGAAGGUCAGCGCCAGCGUGCAGGAGCAGAUGCAGUUCCUGGAGGAGGCACAGCCCUACAGGGCCCUGCAGCACAGCAACCUGCUUCAGUGCCUGGCCCAGUGUGCUGAGGUGACCCCCUACUUGCUGGUUAUGGAGUUCUGUCCCCUGGGGGACCUCAAGGGUUAUUUACGGAGCUGCCGGAUGACAGAGUCCAUGGCGCCUGACCCCCUUACCUUGCAGCGCAUGGCAUGUGAGGUGGCGUGUGGUGUCUUGCAUCUACACCGGCACAACUAUGUACACAGUGACCUGGCCCUGAGGAACUGCCUACUAACGGCUGACCUGACAGUGAAGGUUGGAGAUUAUGGCCUGUCGCACUGCAAAUACAGGGAAGACUACCUCGUGACCGCUGACCAGUUGUGGGUGCCGCUGCGCUGGAUUGCGCCGGAGCUGGUGGACGAAGUGCAUGGCAACCUACUGGUGGUGGACCAGACUAAGACCAGCAAUGUGUGGUCCCUGGGUGUGACCAUCUGGGAGCUUUUCGAGUUGGGUACUCAGCCCUACCCCCAACACUCGGACCGGCAGGUGCUGGCUUACGCCGUCCGAGAGCAGCAGCUUAAGUUGCCCAAGCCCCAGCUGCAGCUGGCUCUAUCUGAUCGAUGGUACGAGGUGAUGCAGUUCUGCUGGCUGCAGCCAGAACAGAGGCCCACAGCUGAAGAGGUUCACCUGCUGCUGUCCUACUUGUGUGCUAAGGGCACCACAGAGUUGGAGGAGGAGUUCGAGCGGCGAUGGCGCUCUCUGCGGCCCGGGGGCAGCACGGGCCUGGGUUCUGCAGCCCCAGCAGCAGCCGCUGCUGAACUCACGGCUGCUUCGUCUUUCCCACUGCUGGAGCAGUUCACCAGUGACGGCUUCCACGUGGACAGCGAUGACGUGCUGACAGUCACUGAGACGAGCCAUGGCCUCAACUUUGAAUACAAGUGGGAGGCUGGCUGUGGGGCUGAGGCGUACCCUCCCCCAGGGGCCGCAUCCAGCCCGGGCUCGGCAGCACGCCUGCAGGAGUUGUGUGCGCCUGACAGCUCACCGCCGGGUGUGGUGCCGGUCCUCAGUGCCCACAGCCCCUCAGUGGGUAGCGAGUACUUCAUCCGCCUCGAGGGGGCAGUGCCUGCUGCCGGCCAUGAUCCGGACUGUGCCGGCUGUGUUCCCAGCCCCCAAGCUGUGACUGACCAGGACAAUAAUUCUGAGGAGAGCACCACUGCAUCCCUUGUCAUGGAGCCGCUGCUGGGACACGCACCCCACACUGGGGGCCUGUGGGGCUCCUGUGACCACCAUUUACGCAGGAGGCAAGAGCCACCUUGCCCCUCACGCUCACCCUCUCCUGGGACCCCGAUGUUGCCAGCUGAAGACAUUGACUGGGGUGUGGCUACCUUCUGCCCGCCCUUCUUUGAUGACCCACUGGGUGCAUCUCCCUCUGGGAGUCCUGAGGCCCAGCCGUCCCCUAGUGAUGAGGAGUUGGAGGAGGGAAAGGCGGGGAAGGCUGCACAGUGUGGACACUGGAGCUCUAACAUGUCAGCCAACAACAACAGUGGCAGCCGAGACCCAGAAUCCUGGGAUCCUGGUUAUGUGAGCAGCUUCACAGACAGCUACAGGGAUGACUGCUCCAGCUUAGAGCAGACCCCUCGGGCCUCCCCUGAGUUGGGCCACCCCCUGUCCCAGGAGGAUCCCAGAGAUUUUCUACCGGGGCUAGUAGCAGCCUCCCCUGGCCAGGAGCCAAGCCGUUGCUUCAACCUGCUCCCUCUGUGUCCUGCCAAAAGCCUGGCACCUGCUGCCUGCCUUGUCACACCCCCCUGGACAGAGGCAGCUGUGGGUGGGGCUGAGAAUCCCAUUGCGGAACCCAAACUUGCCCAGGAGGCUGAGGGCUCUGCUGAACCCCAGCUACCCCUUCCUUCUGUCCCCUCUCCAUCCCAUGAAGGAGCCUCGCUUCCCUCGGAGGAGGCAAGCGCUCCUGACAUCCUGCCUGCCUCUCCUACACCCGCUGCUGGCAGCUGGGUGACCGUCCCUGAGCCGGCCCUCAUCCUGGAUAGCAGCAGCAGUUCUCUGGGGCAAGAGGCACCCAGCAGCGAGGAUGAAGACACAGCCGAGGCCACAUCAGGAGUCUUCACCGACCUAUCCAGCGACGGCCCACACACAGAGAAGUCAGGCAUAGUACCAGCCUUGCGCUGUCUGCAGAAGCAGGUGGGGACCCCUGACUCCCUGGACUCUCUGGACAUCCCGUCCUCAGCCAGUGAUGGCGGUUGUGAAGUCUUAAGCCCAUCAGCUACUGGUCCCCCUGGUGGGCAGCCCCGUGCUGUGGACAGUGGCUAUGAUACAGAGAAUUAUGAGUCUCCUGAGUUUGUGCUCAAGGAGACCCAGGAGUCAAGUGAGCCUGAGGCCUUUGGGGAGCCAGCCUCAGAGGGUGAGAGCCCAGGGCCCGAUACUCUGCUCUCUGUCUCCCUCGGUGGCCUCAGCAAGAAGAACCCCUACCGAGACUCUGCCUACUUUUCAGACCUGGAUGCUGAGUCCGAACCCACCUUUGGCCCUGAGAAGCCCAGUGGGAUCCAGGACUCCCAAAAGGAGCAAGACCUGAGGAGCCCACCUAGCUCAGGGCAUCAGUCUGUGCAGGCUUUUCCCAGGCCUGAGGUGUCCAGCGAGGUGCUGCCCCCUCCGCAGGAGUCAGAGGAGCCCUUGCCAGAAGGCUCCAGGCUAGAGCCUCUUGGGGCUCAAGGCCCAGUUGAAGUGCAGCCUGUGCCUGGCCCAAGUCAGUCCAAAUGUUUCCUGCUGACCUCAGUUCCACUGAGCUCAGAAGGCAAUGGCACGGAGUCCCAGGGUCUCCCAGGACAGCUGUCAGGGCCAGCCCAGCAGGGGCGGACGGGGAAUCCUAGCACACCCAGAUCCCCGCUCAGACUGGCCCUACCUGGCCACCCCGGGGCUCUGGAGGGCCGGCCAGAGGAUGAAGAGGACACUGAGGACAGCGAGGAGUCUGAUGAGGAGCUCCGGUGCUACAGUGUCCAGGAGCCCAGUGAGGACAGUGAGGAGGAGCCACCAGCGGUGCCUGUGGUAGUGGCUGAGAGCCAGAGUGCCCGGAAUCUACGCAGCCUGCUGAAGAUGCCCAGCCUGCUGUCAGAGGCCUUCUGUGAUGACCUGGAACGCAAGAAGAAGGCUGUGUCCUUCUUUGAUGAUGUCACGGUCUACCUCUUUGACCAGGAGAGCCCCACCCGAGAGACUGGGGAGCCCUUCCCCAGCACGAAGGAAUCGCUCCCCACGUUCCUGGAGGGUAGCCCCGGCUCACCCAGUGCCACCGGCCUACCACCGCGGGCUGGCCACUCGCCAGACAGCUCUGUUCCCGAACCGGGCAGUAGGUUCCAAUGGGACGGUGAUUUGCCGCUGGUGCCCUGCAAGGCUGCUUUGGUGACUGCGCCGGAUCCCACUGACCCUGUCCUGACGGCGCCUCCGACGCCAGCUGCACCCUUCUCACGCUUCACCGUGUCGCCCACACCUGCCUCCCGCUUUUCCAUCACCCACGUAUCCGACUCAGAUGCUCAGUCCGUGGGAGGCCCAGCAGCAGGUGCUGGGGGCCAAUACACAGAGGCUUGAGACCCAGGUAGUUCCACCCUUCGGAGGCUGGCAUCACUGGAGCCCCUGCCAUCCUGCCCAGGCAGCAACAAGGAUGGUGACUGGGAAAGAAUGGGGACCACCGGCACCCUACAGCAUCCUGGAGAAGCAGGUGGACGAGAGGCCUGCAUCUAGCCCUGGACGUGCUGCCCUGAUGGCAGAAAGUGUCCUGCGUGGACGCUGGGGUUUGCUGGUAGCCCCUGGAGAUGCCUGGAGCCUGAGGGUCUGUGGGUGUCUGUAAGCAUAUAUAUA